UGUCGCUUUAAACGUCUUUAAAAUAAACAUCAAAAUUGGAAAUACCGAAUCCAAUAUUAAAUAUUGCUUAGUAAUCCAAUAAUUGUGAUAUUCUGCUUUUGAAAUUGAAAACGCUAAGUUCAACAUUAAGUUGUUAAUAAAUAAUUGCGAAUAUGUCAAAUUUUAGACCAGCUGGCUUAUCCGACGAUGAUACCGACAGUGACGACGAUUACGGAUAUUUUGAAAAAUUGAAUCGAAAUCAAAACUUCGUAAGUCAGACAGAAAAUGUUAAACAGAAGACAGAAACAAAAUUACAGGCAUCUAUCAUAAAUGGAAAUGUAGAAAAUGUCGCUGAUAUAAUUCACAUUGAUCUCAAAGAUGAUGUCAAUACAAAGCUGGAAAGUGGCUGGACUCCAUUAUUGCAUGCAUGUUUUCAUGCACAAGAAGAAAUCGUCCAAUUCCUACUAGAUAAGGGGGCCGAUCCUAACGUGCAUGCUGAUUCUGUAAUGCCGGUGACAAUGGCUUGUGCUAAUACAUCUGCAAAUGAGACAACAGUAUUCAAUAUAGUGUCAAAUUUGAUAAAACAUGAGUCCUUAUUAAAUAUUGGAGACAAGUAUGGUGUCACACCUCUCAUGAAAGCAACAAUCAGUGGUCGUUCAUCUGUGGUUAAACUGAUUAUUGAUAAUAAAGUAAAUUUAGAGAUGAGGGAUUUUCAAGGCUGGACAGCAGUCUUCUGGGCUAUUCACCACAAUCAACCAAAAUGCCUUGAAAUACUCCUAAGUACUGGAGCAAGAUUAAAAAUAUUUGAUAUGUCGAAUCGUACUCCAGAAACAAUUGCUUUAACACAUGACUAUGAAGAAGUUCAGGAAGUUAUAUCAAAGUACACAAAGAAGUCAGAUAAAAAUAAUGAAAAUAAUGAUAAAAAAGAAUUAAAUAAACAAACGAGUGAUCGUUUAAGCAGAUGGCAAGAUUAUUACCCUGGACUCAGAGAUGAAAAUAGGCCGAAAUAUUCAAAUGAAAUAUUUAACCUAUUGUAUGGCAUGAACUGUGAUCAUUUAAGUAUAAUAUUUGAAGAAAAACCAAUGGAUUUGAGGAAGUUUUUACUUCUCGAAGAUGAGGAUCUGCUAAAACUUGGCAUCGACAUGCCUUUCGAAAGGCAACGUCUGAAACAUGGAUUAAGAGAAUUUCAUAAGCGAAGUUGGAAAGUUAACUCAGUUGCUGGAUUGCAAACUAGAAAAGAUAAUGCUUUUAGUAUUCUCGAUUGUGUAAAUAUCUUGGGAAAUCAUUUACAACAAAUAUAUAUUUUGGAAUCGACACUCGCAUAUAUUCUGCGAGGUUAUAGCCGAAUUCAAAAUCAAAUUAAAUUCGAGCCUCCAGACUCUCCGACCAUACAAAAACUACAAAGCGCAGCGAAGAAAAUGACCGGUAACAUUAAUAAUAUCAGGCGGGAAAUAAAUAGUAUGAAAAAAAUACAUGCAAAGUUAAGCAAAGAUAAUUUGAAGCCAGUCGAUCUCAUUACAGAAAAAACCGCCAAAGAAGUAGCAUUAGGAUUAUUUACCGAACUGGUCGUUAUUAGCACUCUAGGUUUCCUCCUGUAUCAAGCCAAAAAAUGUAUAACAAAUAUGUUACAUAAAUAAAUGUUUAUCUAUUUUAAAAA